UCCAGGUCAAACUGCUGUUGAAACAUGGCGAAGCACUGGGGUGUCACCUCUUUUGUGCCACUAGCACUGCUAGCAUGCUUAGCUGGGACAGAGGUAGAAGCUCAGGACAAAAGGCUGUCCAGUCCUUCCAUAAACCCCAUUCAAGCUGACUACAACAUCCACGGCAUAUACCCCGUCAUCUACCCCGACAUCUACCCCGGCUUCUACCCGACCACCUACGACCGCAGAACAUACGGCCACGGCGGUGGUGGUGGCACCGGUGGUGACGGCGGCAGCGAACCUGGCGGCCGAGGCGGCCGUGGCGGCCGUGGCGGCCGUGGCAGCCGUGGUGGCACUCAUGCUCCCGGCCGCGGUGGAAUCGGCGGCCACGGCGGCCGUCAUUCUGAUCAGGAGCAGCAGAACAUUUUUCCAAACAAUCCUCCUGCCCAGAGUUGUGACGUGCCAAAAAACACGAGAAUCACAUGUGGACUUCCUGAUAUCUCUACUCAACACUGCCAAGAGAUAGACUGCUGCUCUGAUGGACGGCACUGCUUUUAUGGAAAGGCAGUGACCGUUCAGUGCACCAAGGAUGGCCAGUUCAUUGUCGUAGUGGCGAGAGAUGCCACUCUGCCCAACAUUGACCUCGAGUCAAUCUCACUCAUGAGCAAAGCUCCAGGCUGUACACAUGUUGACUCUAAUUCAGACUUUGCCAUCUAUAACUUUGGUGUUACCGCAUGUGGCACCGUUGUUUCGGAGGAGCCUGGUGUUAUAAUCUAUGAGAACAGAAUGUUCUCCUCAUAUGAAGUGGAAACCGGGAGUUUAGGAGUUAUUACCAGAGACAGUCAAUAUGAUUUGAUCUUCCAAUGUCGGUACAUCGGCACCACUGUUCAAACUGUGGUUGUAGAAGUAUCACCGUUACUAGAUCCUCCUAUAUCAGUUGCUGCUGUGGGACCCAUCAGAGUAGAACUGAGGUUGGGUAAUGGACAGUGCAUUUCAAAGGGUUGUAUUGAAGAGGAAGUGGCCUAUGCUUCGUACUACACUGAUGCUGACUAUCCUGUCAGUAAAGUACUGAGGGACCCUGUGUACGUGGAGGUUCGACUCCUUGAGAAGACAGAUCCCAACCUUGUCCUGACUCUUGGUCGCUGUUGGGCAACCACAAACCCCAACCCUCACACUCUGCCCCAGUGGGACAUUCUGACAGACGGGUGUCCAAGCAGGAACGAUAAAUACUUGUCUUCACUGGUUCCAGUCGGUUCCUCCUCUGGUCUGCUCUUCCCCAGUCACUACAGACGUUUCCUUUUCAAAAUGUUUACCUUUGUUGACCAAACAUCAUCAAAGUCGACCAAAUCUCAACCCUUGAGGGAACAGGUGUACAUUCACUGCAGUACAGCAGUGUGCACUCCUGUAAUGGGAUACUCCUGUGAACCAAUGUGCUACAGAAAAAAGAGAGAUGUCAUGGAUGUGGCCCAGACAAGUUCUCAGCCAAAGGUCGUGGUUUCUGUAGGACCAGUGGACAUGGGUGCGUCUUGGCAGUAAACAGCAGUGUCAAACUCAAAUAUUUGGCCGAGAUCAUGAAGUAAAAGGUUUGCAUAUUACAGACUGUAUAUUGUAAUGAUUGCAAAAAGAUUACAACGUGUGCUACAGGAAGAAUGAAAUUGAUCCCCGAAAGUAUUGUAGACAUAUUUGUAUUAAAAUAUAUUGGCUUUGA